AUGGUAGCAAUUCGUUUUUCAGUUCUUACUGUGUUUUUGAUAUCACUUUGCAUUGCAGCAUACUUAGGGUUUGCCCUGAUUGAAUUAAAACAUGACAAAUUGAUCCAUUUUACAACAUUUUUCAUCCUCACCAGUGAAUUUUACUUUAUAUUUGAUACCAAAUACAAAUCAUUGAAGACAUUGAGGUACAUAACAUUCUUGACAUGUACGCUAUGUGCUAGUCUAAACCUGGAGAUUGUACAAAAUAUGGUCAAUCCAGAAAGAGUUUUUGAUUUUGCUGAUGUCGUUUACAAUUUUUUUGGUAGCUUAAGUGGAUUAUUAGUUAGCAUCACACUACAAACCUGGAGACUUAAGCUCGCCCGGGCCAACAGAAUAAAGCAUAGGCGAUUGCAUGGCAGUGGAGUGGCCGUUGAAAUUGGUCAAGAAAUUGAAAAUUUGCAAGAAGGCCCUGCCUCUAAGCAUGUCGACGUCGACGACGAUUAUGUUAACAUUGAAAUGAAGGAUGUGAGUUAG